CCUGCAUCUUCCCCGCCAUUCCCAUCACCACUUUUACAUCAACUGAACUAUCGCUCCGACCGAGAACUGACUGAACGAAUCCAAUCUACAGCAUAUACUAUCAUAAUUAAGGGUGCACUAAGCAUGCUGCGAAAUACGAAACUUCUCAGCACCAGAUCCCAUCCAUUUAUACCUGUAACUACAAGAGUUGCUCAGCUGUGCCACCCAUCAGUAUCUUCCUACCAGCAUCGCUGCCUUGUGACUUCCCAAACCAUUCACAAGGAAAGACAUCUCGAGUCUGAUCUGGACCGGCAUCUACUCCGACCUGAGCAUAACGAGAACACCAAGUCGGGCACCGACGACGAAGCAGCUCACCACUGGUCUUCGUACGAUCCCACUAUCACCGAUCCGGACCUUGAGGUUCUCGCCUGCGAGGAAGAGUGCGAACUCGAUGGUGAACUCGAUGACCCUUUGUUCGUCAGCCCAGGCAACAGGGAAGUCAGCCGUUUCCUUGAUCCGAUGAUCGGAGGGGCGGUGCAUGGUGCUACGAGACCGGGUCCAAGUGGGAGGGGAUGGACAAGAAAGCAUAAGGAGGUGAUCAUCAAGAAAAUCCCUGGAAGCCAGUUUGAGAAAUAUGAUCGAAUACUACAGGAGCUGAGGAAGGCAGAUAAGCGGUGAGUUGAAGACUUCCUCAUCUGUAUCCAGUGUGAUCAUGUUGAUACUCGUCCAGGGUCACGAAAUGAGUGUUGUAGUGAAGGGGUCUACCGCCAUGGAUUACCUUCUGCGACAAAGGCCCCUCAUUCUCCGUGGGUUGUAAAUGUC